UAUUAUUUGGCCUAGUUGUAGAUCUAUUGCGAUACAUAACACAGUCUUGAUGUAUUUGUGACAAAGUUCAUUUAAACUUCUCUGAUUAACCUAAAAUGACCGAUACUGAAAUAUGGCCAGAGAAAUUUGACGGAGCAGUUUAUGGUUUGGCAGUUGUAAUAACAUCCAGUUUUUUAUUUUAUGUAUUUGGUAGAAUUGCACAUGUUCUUACUCCUGCCAGUGCAUGCCACUCUCCCUGGAGAUGGAAAAACAUUUUAGUUUCAUUAGUCCAUGCUGUUAUUGUUGGUACAUGGGCUUGCUUAAGUUUUUAUGAAACUCCCAAAAUGGCAGAAGAUUUGAUAAAGACAUAUAGCACAUCAGCACAUACAUUAAUAAGCUUUUCUUUUGGAUAUUUUGUGUAUGAUAUGUGGGAUAUGAUGAUAUAUCAAAGAAACAGACAUUCCUUUGAAUUAAUGGGCCAUCAUGUUGUGAUAUUUAUUUGCUUUGGUAUUGCCAUAGUAACAAAGUUGUAUAUUGGAUAUGCAGUUGUUGCCUUAGUGAUAGAAAUAAACAGCAUCUUCUUACAUAUUAGACAGUUGUUACAAAUCUGUAGAUAUUCCAAAAAUAAUAGUGCUUAUAGACUGAACAGUCUUAUUAAUUUAGGAACAUUUGUUGUGUGUCGUAUAUCUGUGAUGGCAUGGAUGAGUAGAUGGUUGCUAAUCAACAAAGAUCUCGUCCCAUUGAUAUUUUAUUCCAUCGGCAGUGUAGGAUUAGCCAUUAUGACAGUUAUGAAUAUUAUUUUAUUCUACAGACUUUUACAGAGUGACUUUAUAAAGAAAAAUGAAUCAAAAAAAGAAAAUUCCCAUUAACAAAGUUCAGGCAGCAGACAUUUUUCCAUGUUGUAUACCUCAUUUAAAAAAAGGUCCCUAUGUGAUCAAAAUAUUGGGGAUUGUAAUGUAUGGUUAUUGUUCAGAACUGUAUUGUAAUAUAUGUAUACUGUGAUUUAUUGUUUUGAUAUACUUAUGAGGAUCUGGAUGGGGGGUACAUCAUUUCUGUAUUCUUUAAUUUCUUGUCCCAUAUUCUCUAUUUUUUAUAUUUAACCACCCCAUUAUUCUCUAUUCUUUAUUUUUGUGGUCUAUUUUCUCUAUUCUGUAUAAUUUUCAACCAUUUUUCUGUAGUACUGACCAAUUAUUCUAUAUUCUGUAAACCACAUCCAGACCCUUACUUAAUGUACAAAUAAUUUGAAAAAAAGUGGAAUUUUAUAUAGAAUGCUAGCUUUCUUUAUUAUUUCAAAUAUCAAAACUAUCUUGUAGUUCAUCUUAUUUUUUAGGUCAUACCAAGUUUAUUGUAGUAAAUUUUUCUACUUUGUAUUAAUCUUGAUUUAGAUAUUUCAGUAUUAUUCAAAUUAUUUCAUAUUUUUUUAUGCAUUUAUGUCGGGUUUUAAAUGAAAACAGUCUAUCAAGUAUGUGUCAAUUAUUAAAAGCCGCAUAAGAAAGGCACUAUCUCUCUGCAGAUACAUUUUUUUUUCAGUUUCAUGUUUUGUUAAUUCUUGCUUAAUUUUUCUUUCAUUUAUUGGAAAUCAAUUGCAGCUGAUGAAGAAAAUUUUAUUUUAUGUUGGCAUUAGUUUAUUCCUCUAAAAAGUGCAAAUCAAAAGUCAGUUUUCAUUAAAUGUGUCGUAAAGAAAUACAUCUUAGAAUGAGGAGACAACUUUUCCGUUAAGUUCUUUUAUUCUUUCUUUGAAAUAGAAUUUUUUUUACACAAAAUAUUUAAAAUCUUUCACUUUUGGGUUAAAAAAAGAUGGCAGCCUUUUAUUGAUUAUCUUUAAAUCUCCAAUUUAACAGGAUCUAAAUCCCUUGAUGUGAAAAACAUUGUGUCAAAAUUUUGACUUUGUAAUUUUUAAACUUCUAAACAUAGCCAUUUCAAUUGUUUAUUUCAAAUUAAUUAACACUGUGAUAUAGUUCCUUGUUGUACAGUUUAUUGUUUAAAUUUCCUUUAAUUAGUCAAGCUACUUCUAGUUUAUAUUUUAACAUGUUACCAAAAAAAUUAUCAAUCAUUAAGGAUGUUCAUCACUCUGUUUCUAGAUAACAAGCUUUUUAAAAGACUGUUAUUAAUUGAUAGUAUUAUAAAUAAUGGAACUUAAAAAGUACAAAAUAAUGACAGGUCAGUGUCCUUGUUUAUGAGAUAUUAUCAAUUGAAAAUUUGGCGGGAAAUUUCUCUCUCUAGAUUUUCCAUACAUUUAACAUUAGCACCUUUUUCUUUCAAAAACUAUGAAAAAAUAACAAGGAUUUUAUAAGAUUUUCAAAAAUGGCUAUUUAUACUACAUGUAUAUGUAAUAAAAUUAUGAAAAGAAAAGUAGGGGUUAGAGGGCAAAACUUUUAUUAUUGCAGUACCAAGAUUAGCGAACAUCCUUAAGUCUUAUUGUUAUAUUUUAUUGAUGUAAGGGAUCAAGGAAAUCCAAUAUAUAUACUUAUAGUAUUUGUGAUUAUAGUAAAUUAAAUGGUGUGAAAAAUGGCAAAUAUAACUACCUCAUGAUUAUUGUUAUUGUAGUCAAAUGUUUAAUUUUUAUGUGAUUCUAUUAUUAACUAUGUGUAUUUAAUUAUUUUUUUUGAACAAGUACAAAAGAACUUAUUAUAUAUAAAGCAUAUAUUAUUACUAAUGGGGAUACUUACAAUGCUUGCUGGUAAUUCUGUUUGUCUUCUAAGUCCGUUCAUUUGACGUUAGUGUCAAAAAAGUGCAUGGACUAACAGGACAAAUAAAAUUUCAUGACUUGACUGUAAAUAUUGCUUGAUGUGUUACAAAUUAGACAAUGCUAGAUGUUAGGUUUCUUACCAGGUGUUGAACUUUCUUAUAGUGUAUAUUUAGGAAGAACUUAUUUUGCAGUUCAUAUUUGGUAUGCUAUUGCAAUAGACCUUAUUGCUAUUUGGGAAUCUGUGACACUUGACCCGAGAAUCUGUGACACUUGAGAACUAUUGACAUCAUACAACAAUCACUUUUCCUUUGUGGCGUCAGACAUUUUCUAUUGAGACACCAUAAUUUUACGGGAACCUUUGUGAUGUCCAGUAAUGGCGGACAAAUAGAGAGAAGAUGUAUGUAUUGCAAGCAUCUUAAAGCAAUCUUAAAUAAUUUCUUACUAGUUAUUGAUAUACCCGGCCCCUGCACAUGCCAGUCACUACAUCAAACUGGUAAUCAAGCUCGAUUAUAAAGCUGGAAAUGUUUGUAAAAUAAAGUAACACAUUGUUUUCUAUUUACUUCUCACCAAUGCUUUGCACUGCAGCGAACCAGUAUUUAUAACAGGGGUGGAUUCAGGCGGGGACGUGGCGGGCGUGU